CGUUAGCCUGGCGGGGGAGCGUUUAGCGCUCAACCCGCACACAGACAGACAGACAGGCGGGCACGCAGAGCUCCGGCGCGGGUUAGUGCCGCUAAUUUAAAACCCCGCUCCCCCUGGAGGCGUUUUAACCCGAUAUUAAAACACGCAACCAAGCGUUUAACUGUGCAGGGUUAGCAUUAGCUUAGCUUCCUUCGCCGCUGCCGUAUGUUUUAAUUGUUAGUCAACGCUGCAAACUUCUCGCUGCAAACUUUCUAAACUUCAACUCGACGAUAACGAAGUUUUGAACAAGCCACGUCCACGCUUGGUCGGUUCCCAGCUAACUUAUCUGCGGCGUUAGAGAGCGUUUUCCCCCCCGGUGGCUUAGCGGCGACGACGGGAGACAUUAGCCCGCUAGGUCUGGUCCCGACAUGAUGGUGGGAUGGGCGCUGGAGAGCUCAGCAACCGGGCGGGAGCUGGAGGGCGGCGCCUGCCUCAGCCCCGCAGAUCCUCCGUUAGCUGCCCGCAGAUUUUUUUUAACACGUUCCCCGGUGUCCUGCGCGUCCGCCCGCGGGUCCACAGUCCUCUGCACGGGGCGUGUUGUAGUUUUAUUCACGCGGAGGAAUUUAAACACGUCUCACUACAGGAGAAUCUCCCACAGGUUGUCACGGAUCGUCAACAACAACAACGAACGCACAGAUGAAGGAGGCCCUGUCGGAGAUAAUCCAGCUGGCCACGGUGGACUCGGAGCCCUGGGUUCUGAUGGUCGCAGACAUCCUCAAGUCCUUCCCAGAAACCGGCUCUCUCAACCUGGACCUGGAGGAGCAGAAUCCAAAUGUGCAGGAUAUUCUCGGCGAGCUCAGGGAGAAAGUGAGUGAGUGCGAGGCGUCCGCCAUGCUUCCUCUGGAGUGCCAGUACCUGAACAAGAGUGCGUUAACCACUCUGGUCGGACCCCUCACCCCCCCUGUCAAACAUUUCCAGCUGAAAAGGAAGCCGAAGAGUGCGACCCUCAGAGCAGAGCUGCUACAGAAAUCCACAGAGACAGCCCAACAGCUGAAGAAGACAGCCGGAGUGCCUUUUCACGCCAAAGGGAGAGGACUGGUCAAAAAGAUUGACACUACAACGCCUCUCAAGGGGAUCCCCAAGGCCCCGUUCCGCAGCCCCACUGCCCCCAGUAUGUUCAGCCCUCCCAGUAACCGCACACCCGUAGCCCCUGCACGGACACCCCUGCGUAAGGAGAGGGGGGUCAAGCUGUUAGAUAUUUCAGAGCUGGACGGGGUCGGAGCUGGAAGAGAAGCUAAGAGGAGAAGAAAGACUUUGGAAACGGAGGCCGGAGAGAAAGCAGCCAAAGAAGAAGCUGUGGUGGAGAACACCACACCAGACUAUGCUGCCGGCCUCGGCUCUGCACAGAAACUUGGGGCGCUGAACGAGAAUCCUCUGCCGUCAACCAGUUACCUACCAGCCACCCCCAGCAUGGUUCCCUCUUCCUCUUACAUUCCCAGCUCCGAGGCACAGCCAGCGAAUGCUGGCGGGUCGGGUCGAGACACGCUGCAGUCGGCUCGCCAACCAGAGGAGUCGGCAACAGCGGGCGCCGGCGCCACCCCCACCUUACCUGGCCAGUACAAACAGAGGACGCCGAUGUACAACGCCAGCACCACAGCUAAUCCCGCCACGCCCACAUCCCCCAGCACACCGGCGUCCACCCCCGCCAACAACGGACCCCCAGCUGCUGCCACAGCCAGCCAACCAGAGACCCCCACCCAGCCUCCCAGCACACCUCAGACGCCCACCCCAGCGCCAACCCCUACGCCACCGCAGCCCCAGCCCAAAAAGAAUCUCUCGCUCACGAGAGACCAGAUGUACGCGGCCCAGGAGAUGUUCAAGACGGCCAACAAGGUCACCAGACCCGAGAAGGCCCUCAUCCUGGGCUUCAUGGCUGGAUCCAGAGAGAACCCGUGCCCGGAGCAGGGGGACAUCAUCCAGAUCAAGCUGAGCGAACACACAGAGGUUCUGCCCAAAGCCGACGGCACCGGCAGCACCACCAUGCUGGUGGACACGGUCUUCGAAAUGAACUACUCCACAGGACAGUGGACCCGCCUCAAGAAAUACAAACCCAUCACCAAUACCUCCUGAGGCGCCUCGUUCACUCAAAAAAAUCACACACCCAAAAAUUCUUAUCCACUUCAAAAAGAAAAAAACAUGUUUACACAAGUAUUUGCAAACACGUCUGGGCCAAAUCGAGGACUGGGAGGGCGAGAGGUGGACAAGGAGAGAAAGGUCCUCCCUUUUCCUGCGCUGCCAAAAUGCAGGACUCCGAAGAAUAUUUCUGUACCUUUUUGUUUUGGUUGUUUCCCUUUUAUCGUUUCUGUUUUUUUAAGUGGCCUCUGAUUCCUGAGGGAUGCUGUGGUCAGGAGGGGUGAGAGUGUUCCACGAGUCUGAGCAGAGGAAUCCUUCUCACGGCAGGCACCUUUCAACAUUGUUGUACUCUGGAGUACAGGCAUGUCACGUGUUGAGAAAGACGAUGUGUAUUUUUUUUUUUGUAUGAAUGUCACAUUCAGCUCAUUCUACCUUGGGGUUUGUGACAGGAGACAAAAACACAGAACGAUAACGACCGUCACCCUAGAGGUGGCCAAAAAAAAAAAAAACAAGAUGAGAAGUAAAUAAUUCUCAGUGCUGUCAAGUUCUGUUUGCAGCCUUCUGGUAGAUGUUGAAUAAUUUUUCAUCCUUUUAUUAAAAGAAGGGAAGAAAAUAAAAAAAAAACAAGAGGACAUUUCUCAUCUUUCUUUCUCGAUUUGAGCUUUUUGUUUUUGAGCUGUCAACAAUUACCCAUGUUUGUGUUUUGUUUUUAAUCAUCUCCUGUUUUCCUCCCAACAACAUUUAACACGACCGCUCACUGAUUAUUGUGUCUUCUACAAGUCUGUCUUACUUGUGCGCGUUAACAGGAAGACAGUGCCACAGUUUUUUAGCAACAUUAAACCUACGUGGGAAGCGAAUAAGCGCUGAUCUACUGUACUAACUUAAAACUGGUUGAUACGAUAGACUGCGUACAAAGAUGGACGACCCGUCUUCUUGACCUCCUGUUGUGCAAAGGAGAAGCUGAAAUAUCCCUGAGACAAGUACUGGCCCCUCGUGCUUUGACGUAUUUUACUGCAUCAAAUAAGUGAGUGUGUGAUCUGAGCGAUGCUGCAUCCGGCCACCAGGGGACAGUCAAGAUGAUUUGGUCCAUCUUUUUAUACAGUUCAUGA